CUAGAUGAUUGGCAGCAUCCUUACGUCAACAUUUUUAAAGAGUACAGAGUUUCAGAAUGGCAAAAUGCAUCAAAAGUAGGAGAUGUGUCACCAUCCUGGGACAAAACCAUCAACUGUUCCGUGUUCCGGAUCAGAGGUCCUGUCCCUGCCGAAAACUUCAUCCUCAUUCCCAAGAAUGCCAGCCAGUCUCUGGGUCUGAAAGGACGGUAUUUGUACCUCCUCUUCAAGCCCACUCCAAGAAAACCUUUUUUAAUCGUCUUGGAUGUCGGCACAGAGAAUGGCCGGACGGUCCGCAUCUCCAUCUCCAACAUGUUCAAAGAGUUCGACUUCACCCCCACGUCGCUUCUCUUCCCAAUCCAAUGCAAAUUGGAAUUUGAAUGGAGUCAAGAAACUGCAUUCAAGUCUACAAAACAAUGCUUUGGACCUUUACCACCAGGUCCUAAAGUUCAUUGGACUUGUUUGAUGAUGGAUCUUCAGCUUACGCUCGCCACCUACCUCAACCGACUUUACUACAGUCAUCUAAAAAGCAUUAAGCUCUGCUCCAACAUGUCUGUUAAAAAUGUCUUUACCACCGACUUGCAGCUGACUCCAGAGUUGUCCUACCAACAAGCCAAGUAUUUGGGCCUGACCCCUAAAGACGGUACUGUACCCAUGCCCAGAGACAUGAUGUUUCCUGUGCCCAUGGGACACAAAUGGGAGAAGUACUACAAUUACAUCAGGUUUCCAUUAGAUGGAGAAUUUAAAAGCAAUAUCAUCCAAAAAAUCAGUUUUCAUGAUGAAUCCCAAAAGUCCAGCCCAGAAGUGGUACCGGAGCAGAGGCCUGUCAACCACACGCUGUCUGUGAAUGAGGAAGGAGUAAAUAAGAUGAAGAUUUGCAAAAGAGUCAGAAAGGUCAUCCAUGUAAUGACAACCUCAGCGAAGGAAGCUGGAAAGCUGUUACCAGACCCGAUUCUCAGGCUCAGGAAAAUAAUUGGUUUUGGAGGAGCCACUAAUUCAUGUGCUUUAUGGACCCUUGCUGGUGAUUCUGUGAUUUAUCCAUGUCAUGCUAUUGUGGUCUCCUUGAAAAUAAACUCAUGUGAGCAGAGAUUCUUCAUUGGUCAUACAGAUAAGGUGUCUGCACUGGCUUUUAACGGCAACACGACAUUGCUAGUUUCCGCACAAACUGGUAAUUGUGUCGUUCGAAUAUGGAAUUACCUCAAAGGAAAUUGUGUGGCCAUGUUCAAAAUGCAUGCCCAUUCAGUCACAACACUUAGCUUUUCACACAGCGGAGGCUUUCUUUGUGGAGGGGGGAAAGACAGCUGCGGGAAAACGUUGGUGGUUGUAUGGAACACGACCAACAUUAAAAACGGAGACGUGAGCAUAUUUGCAAAGCUAAAAAUGGAAGUGGAUAUUCAAAGGAUGAAGUUCGCCAACUUUGAUGAGACGAGGCUGGUGUCAUGCGGUCACGAUAGCAUUCGCCUGUGGCGGGUAAACAAAGGCACGCUGCGCUCAUGCGCAGUCAACCUCGGCGAAUACCGCACAUUGGACUUCACUGACGUAGCCUUCGAAGAGGGAGACUCCCCCGAACAGCACAUUGACGAUCGGCUGCUGUUUGCAAGCAGCAGGAGCGGCCAUAUUUUCGAAAUUGACUACAGUAGAGUAGUCAUUAAAAAUGUCAGGUGGUUAUUUCCUGUGCAGCAGAAAUGGUCUGUCAACAAAGGUCCCGGUAUCGCCAUCAACAGCCUCAGCGUGUGCUCAACCUUCUGUGCCACGGGCUCUGAAGACGGCUUCCUACGGCUGUGGCCUCUGGAUUUUUCCGGCGUCUUCUUGGAAGCUGAACACGAGGGUCCCGUGAGCCUGGUAUCUGUGUCAUCUGACAGCAUGCAGGUCCUAUCUGCCACCUCUACCGGUAAUCUGGGUUUCCUUGAUGUGAGCAGCCGGGGUUACAACACGCUAAUGAGGUCGCACACCAGCAAUGUGCUGGGCUUCAGCGUGGAUGGAAUUCGAAGGCACCUCACCACAGCUUCUUCUGACGGCUCUAUUCGCAUUUGGUCGAUGGACUCCUUACAUCAGUUAUAUGACUUUGUGUCAGAGGAUAAACCGUGCUCGGUGGCCUUCCAUCCCAGAGAACAGAUCUUCUCUUGCGGCUUUAAUUCGGGCAUUGUCCGAGUCUUUGACAUCUCCUGCGGAAAGCUCUUGGCAGAGCACAACCAUCACAAAGGUCUGGUGGUAGGUCUAGCCUUCUCCCCCGACGGAGAGUGCAUGUACAGCGCUGCCUCCGAGGGUUCUCUGGCGCUUUACAACUCCUGCGACAAUGACAGCCACGUGAUAAGGGUCGUCUGUCGUGUGGUUGCCCGAGGAACAGGCCGUGCACCAGAUGCUCUGACGGUGAGCAGCGACAGCCGCUGUCUGGCUUUUGUUGGCCCCACUGAAUACGUCAUUACCAUCGCUGAUGCGCUGUCGCUAGAAGAGUCACUCCGUCUCGACGUGAGUGUUUUUGAUCCACAAAGCACUUUUUUGGAUUCGGCGCUGAAAGUCUGCUUCUCUGUGGCUUCCCCUGAGCAUUUGUUAGUAACUACAUCUGCGAACAAAAUUCUCUGGGUCAACACCCAGACGGGUUCUCUAUUCCGGCAGGUGUGCAAUGUCCACACAAAGUGGUGUACCUCUCUAGCUGUGAGCCAAGACAAACGAUUUUUGGUCACAGCUGGAGACAAUGCAGUCAAAGUCUGGGAUUACAAUAUGAAACUGAAAUUUAACUCACAGAUGUUCAUAGGUCAUAGUCAGCCCAUCAACCAGGUGAGCUUCACCCCAGGACAAAAAGGUGUGAUCUCAGUCGGGGAUGCCAUCUUCUUGUGGGACUUUCUGGCUCAUCCACUUCACAUGCAACUUAAACACCGUUUACCAUUGCAAGCCGCAACCGACUCAGCUGUGGAUACAAUACCUCGACAACGGGCACCUCAACCCUUGACACCUCCACCGCAUCUAGAUGGGACCAUCAUGGACCCAGCUGAAAUCGGGCUUAAUGAUAUUAACGCUGCUUCUGGUCCAAGCUCUCGUCCCGAAUCUGCAGCAUCUUUUUUGAAAAUCACAGAACUGGGGAACGUUCAAAAUAAUGAUUCCACUGGGAGGAAGACAGUGCGUCCAGAUUGUUAUAAACACUUCGUACCGCAUAUCAAGACUUCCAUUCUUGAUCAGACAGCUGUGACUCCUCAGCCUGACAAAGCAGGAAUGACACUAAAAACGAUUAUCGGUUACAAUGGCAAUGGGCGUGGCAACCUGGUUUGGAGCCCUGAUCAAGGUUUAUUUGCAUACUCCUGCGGCGGCGUAGUGGUGGUGGAGAAUGUCAACUCGGGGCGUCAGAGACAUUUAGUGGUCCACAGGGAAGAGAUCUCCUGUUUAGCAAUCUCAAAUAAUGCAAAGAUGAUAGCAUCUGCUGCAAGCAAAAGUGCCAACAGGAGCCUCAUAUGCAUUUGGGCCAUCCUGGGUGGAGCUUGUGUCAAUACCAUAUCCUACCACAAAGGGGCAGUGCAGAGUCUUGCUUUUUCCAGCGAUGAUCGCUUCUUACUUUCCGUAGGAGACUUCUCGGACUGUGUUAUGGCCGUGUGGAGCUGCUCCACCUUCGAGAUGCUCUCCAAAGAGAGUGCGCUUGGGCCAAUCCACGACGCAGCUUUCAGCCCAUCUGUAGCUGCUCACUUAGCCUGCGUCGGCAGCCAAGGUGUUUACUUCGGUCUGUUUCAGAACCAAGGCGGUGAAGGCGAUCUCAACCUUGUGAGAGUGAAGGCGCCGACAGCAGUGGGAGACGUGGAGAUGACUGCCUUGUGCUUCCAUGCCGACGACGCUUUGCUGUUUACCGCCUCCAACAGAGGACAUCUUUGCAUUUGGGACAUCAAGACUCGGAGCUGCUUCAUGGCAGUAGACGUGGAUGAAGGAGAGAUUGGUGUUUUGCUGUGCCGAGGGAAUAGACUCUUGACAGGCAGCGACACCCAACGGUUGCGACUGUGGGGGAUCGAAGCGGUGCGGCGUUUCGACCCUGAGGGCAAUGCAGCCAAGAAAAAUAGCGGAGUUUCGGUGAUGUUGAAGCAGGAGAUCGUGCUAGACGGGGCCGCUGUCAGCGCCGCCUUUGAUAACACAAUGGACAUGGGCAUCGUGGGCACCACCACGGGAACCUUGUGGUACAUAGACUGGUUGGAAAACAGCAGCAUUCGGCUGGUUAGCGGUCACAAGAAUAAGGUGAAUGAUUUGGCCUUUCAACCAGAUGAGAGUCACUUUGCAACCUGUAGCGAAGACGGCAGUUUGAGGGUGUGGUCCAUCCCCAGUAAUGAACUGGUGGUGCAGUUUCAGGUGCUCAACCAGGCAUGUACAUGCGUUUCCUGGAGCCCUUUCGUAAUCAUGCAGCGUGCCCGUUUGGUGGCCGGCUACAACGACGGCACGGUGCGCGUUUUUCGUCUCGCCACUUCGGAAAUGGAGAGGAAGCUGAAUCCCCAUCGGGUCGCUAUCACCGCCAUCCAGUACUCUGCCAAUGGUGAAGUUAUCCUCUCCGGUGCCAAGAACGGUCUCAUAGCUGUCAGUCGUGUCACGGAUGGAUCAACCAUCCGAGUUUUCAAGGACCACAAAAAAGGAGCCAUCACCACCAUUGAGUGUGUUCGGGAACAGUGUAAGAAUUUUGGAGUUGCAGGGAACGAGCUGUGGUUGGCGGCCAGCCUUGAUAGGCGCGUCAGUGUCUGGGCUGCUGAUUGGUUCAAAAGCAAAUGCAAUUUGCUAGACUGGCUAACACUCGCCGCACCGCCAUAUGGCCAGGAUGACAGCCCACCCCCUAGCCUUGCUGCCUUCCACCCAACAGACCCCAGCGUGAUCAUCUACACUGGUUACGGGAUAGAAAAAGAGCUGACUUUCUACAGCUUGAAGAAGAAAAGGAUAAUCAAAAAGAUUGCUUUGCCUCACUGGGCCACGUGCUUCAGUCUAUCCCCCAAGAGUCAACUCAUCGCAUUGGGCUCAAAAGAACGAGUGUUAAAGCUGAUCAAGUGGAGCACUGGUGAAUUCCAGGACUUCUUGGAGCACAGCGAUUCUCUUCAGAAGUGUCGUUUCUCACCUUCGGGGACAUUUCUCUUCUCGGUGGCUCAUAAUGAGAUUCUAAUUUGGGAAGUGAACGGACUCUGA